UCUUAAUUACCAAUUCCCCAAGCCUAUUAUCAAGUUUGCAUUUAACUGAAGAUUAUUAAGGUUAAUGUGGAAUCCAGUGUGAACCAUUGGAUAACCCUGUUAACAUCAGUAGAUGUACUAUUGCAAAUAAGUACCAUUUCUUGGUAUUGCGAUUAUGAUUACUGUUACAAAUAUUGUUGGUAUAAUUAUUAGUGGUGAUUUAGCAAUAAUACAUACAUACUUUACCAUCCACAUUGUAUAUCAAUUUCAGGUGAUACAGAAUAUUAUAGAGACUAGUAAAUCCUGGCCUCUUGUUGUAAGCAAGUGUGCAAUUGAAUGCAACAGAGUCCAGCUGUAUCUGAACAGAAAACUCACCUUUAAGUAUGUUCUGCACAGUGUUCUGUCCCAGAAAUGUAUGUAUGGGCAGUUCUCAUCAAAGCAGCAGAGAUUUGUUAUAACCUCUGAUGGGUUGCAAGAAGAUAGAAGCAAAAUGGACCUGAGUGAACUGAGAAUUGAACUUCUCAGAAGUACUGUCACUAAUUUGCUGAAGGCUGUAGGUUAUAAAAUGGCUGACAUGGAAAAAAGCUGUGAAGAGGAAUCAAUAAUAUACCUACACCUUUCCGCCAAAUCAUCAAGUGACACUGUGUCUGGAUAUGAGCGAGUCAUAUGUGGUGUAGUUACGAACUCCAGACACCAUUGUAAAGAGAGUACUAUAACAGCCCAAGAAUACCUGAG